CUAUAAGAACUGAAGCUAGACACCCGAGAAGGGUUCGAGUUGCAGAGGAGCGGUGUGAGGCAGAAAAGGAUAUAAUAAUAAUUGAGUAAGUAACUGACCGAGAAGCUUAGCGGAGGAGGGCGCGAUGGAGGACCCGACGGAGAAGGUGGACGAGAUGGCGGGAGGCGUCGGCGGCGGGGCCGACUGGGCGUACAUCCCGUCGGACACGAUGGCGUCGGCGGGUUUCCCGGCGUCAUUCCCGUUCCCCUGCGGCCGGGACGUCAUGUCCGCGCCGACGUCGGCGUCCCUGCUCAUGUCCAUGGAGCACGCCGCGCUGUUCGACUUCCACGCCGCCUUCCCGUCGUCGUCGUCCUCCGCCGUCGCCGGCGCGCCCACGCUCCCGGCCUUCCACGACUUCGCGUCCGGCGGCGGCAACAACCCCUUCGACGUCGACGCGCCGCCGUUCAUGCUAGGGGCUCCGGCGGCGGCGGGUGGGCAGAAAGGCGGGUUCUUGGCGCCCCCUCCGCUGACGUUCGCCGGCGGGAUGGGGUGGGACGACGAGGACGAGGACGAGCUGGAUCAGCAGAGCGUGGACGCCUCCUCCUUGGGGCUCUCAGCCUCGCUGGAGAAUGCCGCGGCCGUCGUGGCUGCCCCGGGGGGUGGUGGUGGCGGCGGCGGCGGCGGCGGCAACGGGAGGGGCAAGAAGAAGGGGAUGCCAGCCAAGAACCUCAUGGCGGAGCGGCGGCGCAGGAAGAAGCUCAAUGACCGCCUCUACAUGCUGCGCUCCGUCGUUCCAAAGAUCAGCAAGAUGGACAGAGCUUCAAUCCUCGGUGAUGCAAUUGACUACCUGAAGGAACUUCUGCAGAGGAUCAACGAUCUCCACAACGAGCUGGAGUCUGCUCCAAGCUCCGCACUUGCUGCUGGACCAGGAGUAGCUAGCUUCCACCCCUCAACACCCACACUGCAGCCAUUCCCCGGCCGCAUCAAGGAGGAACGCUGCCCGCCCUCGUUUCCCAGUCCCAGUGGUCAGCAGGCAACGGUUGAGGUGAGGAUGAGGGAAGGUCAGGCGGUGAACAUCCACAUGUUCUGCGCUCGAAGGCCGGGCAUCCUGCUGUCCACCAUGAGAGCCCUUGACAGCCUCGGCCUCGACAUUGAACAGGCGGUCAUCAGCUGCUUCAAUGGGUUUGCGAUGGAUGUCUUCCGCGCCGAGCAAAGCAGGCAUGGUCCUGGGCUCUUGCCUGAAGAAAUUAAGGCAGUGCUCCUGCACUGCGCCGGUCUCCAGAGCGCAAUGUAGGCAAAAUUCCCGGAAGAAGACCUCCUGCAGGAUGACGAUGGUGGCCCUUUCCUCCGAGGGACUCUCCAUUAUUGAUCAUCCGAUCAUAGGCAUUGGGUGGCACACUGGUACUGCCCUGUUUGCCUGAUCAAGAUGUAUAAAACUUGAUGAGAUGAGGCUCGCCAUCUACAGACAUGAGCAACGACCGGAUCUAUUCGGUCUUUUCAUCGAUUUUCUCUCUCUGACCUUGUGAACUUGUGUGAUGUUCUAAUACCAGUUUCUAUCGUUGAACUA